AAAGCCCAAUGUUUGUCCAGCCGCGGCAAGGAAUCGCCGACUUUAGCUGCUACGCGGUCGAGUUCUCUCCCUUCCAUGAGCACUGGCUCGCAGUCGGGAGCGCGCAGUACUUUGGUAUCAUCGGCAACGGGCAGCAGCUCGUCAUGGAGCUGCAGGCCAGCGGCGACCUCACGCCGAUGCGCGCCUUUGAUACGCAAGACGGUGUCUACGACGUGGCGUGGAGUGAGACGCAUGCGACGCAGCUCGUGAGCGCCUGUGCGAACGGCCACCUCAAGUUGUGGGACGUCACGACGACCGACAACUUCCCGAUCCAGACGUUCGCCGAGCAUGCGAUGGAGGCGAGUAGCGUCAACUGGAACAUGGUUGACCGGACGCACUUUUGCUCGGGCAGCUGGGACACGACCGUCAAGGUCUGGACGCCGCAGCGACCCCACUCGAUUGCAACGCUGCAAGGCCACACCGGCCCCGUCUACAACGCCGUGUGGUCGGUCCACACCAACUCGAUGCUCGCGUCGUGCUCGGGCGACGGCGCGGUGCGGCUAUGGGAUCUCAACUCGGGCGCGUCGGUGUGUCGCAUCGCUGCGCACGCCCAAGAGGUCCUCGCCUUGGACUGGAGCAAGUACGACCCGAACCAGCUCGUGACGGGGUCUGUCGACGGCAGCCUCAAGAUUUGGGACAUUCGGAACCCCGAGAUGGAGGUGCGCGUUCUGCGCGGCCACCAGUACGCCGUCCGCAAGGUCAAGUUUUCGCCGCAUGCGCCGGACGUUGUCGCGUCGGCGUCCUACGACAUGUCGGUGCGGCUCUGGGACACCAAGGCGCUGCAUCCGCAGACGCAAGUGGCGACGCACCACAGCGAGUUUGUCAUGGGCAUCGACUUUAGCCUCUUCGUGCCAGGUUUGUUGGCGUCGUGCUCGUGGGACCGACGGAUUCUUCUGUGGAACACGCAUGGCGGCCCGCCGCGCUUCCGCUAAGAUGUCGCAUCAAUGUAUCGAGCCUUGCGUCCGCAGUCGUCGCCUCUCACUGAACACAGGACUCCGCAGGGCAGAGGCUGCAGUUGACGCUGCCUUGACCUCGAGCACGAGACGUCCCGCCAUUUCAAAGCAAACAGCAUGCCAGAUCGGGAGCCAUUUUUGGGGUGGAACUAAGCCUGAUUGGGGUCGCAACUGAAGUCGCGGCAGUCCAAGGAAGUGACAACAUGAUCUUCAUGUAGCUGUUAAUGGUAGUCUUAGAUAAAAUGGAUUAAACGGAAAACGUCCACGCA